AUGACUCAGACAACCAGCGAGUUCAUCUUCUUCAAGGUGAAGCCUUCCGUCCGGCUCGAAGAUCCGGACAGCGAGGAAGGCGAGGGCUUAUUGUCUAUAUUCCGCAACACCCAACAUGAGAGUGGGCACCAAAGUUCCGCAUGGGGUCAUUCGGUGGACGAUGACAGCUCGAUUGUGUGGGCAGUUAAUUGGACCGACGCCCGAGGAUCCGCAAGCACAGACAACCUCACACCAUACCUAGACCCGGCUGCUCAGCCUCCAACAGCAAUCUACGCGACCCUCAGCCCACCUCUCUGCAGCGCCGCCGCCCUAAGCGACAACCCCGUAACCGAGCUGUGCGUGUUAUCAUUCGCAAAUUCACUCUCUAUUCCAGAGAUGAAGCAGCUCAACAAGGAUUUAAUAAAUUUCCGGGCAGCACAUGUUGAGCGACUACCGGAGGAGUCGAGGCCAAAUUCAUGGUCCAUGGGGCAUGUAGAUCGACCGAGUAUGGUGCAACAUGCGAAGAGUCCAAACGGACAAGCGGUGCUUCAUCUCUUAGUUGUUGGGUGGGAUUCGGUUGAUGCGCAUAAGAAGGCCAGAGAAACAGAGCAAUUUGUCUCCAGCGUCUCGCCCAUUCGUGAGAAGACUUUGGGGGCUAUUCCUGGGUUGGAAGUGAAGCAUGUUAGUUUUCAUCAGAUAAAGAAAAGGGUGACUUGA